AUGGCGGAGAGCUGCGGACGAUGCUUCUCAAGCCCCUCGUCCUCGUCGCCGGCUGCUGCUCUCGCCUCGCCGCUGCCGGGCUUCGGAGUGAGUGGACCGGGGCGCCCCCUGCUGGGCCGGCGCGCCGCCGCCUGCCCGGGCCCUGUCCAAGGCAUAACAACUAAUGAAGAACAAGACAUGAAUUAUUAUAUAGAAGAUUUGCAGAACAUGAUACUAAGUGUUCCCACUAAAGAUUUAACUCAUGACCAGAAAUCUGCGUCUACAAAUUCUGCUCAGUCUCUAAGCCCUAAAGUAUCAAAAUCAAAAACUACAAAUACACAGGGUGAUUCUUCAACAAAAAGAGAUAAAUUGGCCAGUAACCACAUCGUAACUACCCAUCGACAAGUUUCCCGACGGCAAACAGGGAAGAAAAGACGGACUAAAAGCACAGCAUUCUGGUCAGUGAAACCAAACAAUGUCUCUGUCGUUUUGCGUACAGAUGAACCAUUUAUUGAACAGGAAGAGCCGGAGCCGGAGCCAGAGCGAAGUACAGCACCAAGCACUGUUAAAUCGACCACCACAACUACAGAGUUCAUCUCUUCAGGUAGCAUGGAUACUGCCGCUGAAAUAGAAGAUGUUCCUCAGCUCUCAGGCACUUACAUGUCACCAGAGUAUCAGAGAUUGAGAAAUGAAGAAAUCUUGAAAAAAAUUUCAAAUAUUCGUUCACUGGUGAAAAAGGCACCUCUGUCUGACAGCCUCAAGCCACAAUAUAGAAAUGACAUUCUAGCUGCUAGAGAACACUUGAAACAGAGCCUGGCUUUAGCUGCUGCCGUGGAACGUAGGUUACAAAAGAUGUAUGAUUCCCAGGCAAUACCCCUUGGAGGAAGUGGUGAAAUUGAAGACGUUGAAACUGUAAUUAAUGUGUUGUAUAACUCGAGAUCUAAAUUAUCUGAAUAUUUUAAUAUGAAACAUAUUCCACCAGAGAUGAGAAGAAAAGCUACUACAGUAAUUAAUAUAUUGAAAAAAAUAUUAUGUGUAAGUCGAGCAGAAACUCAAAGUCUUAUUAGGAAGUUAUUAAAAAAUAAUAUGAAGAUUUUAAAAAUACUUAAUGUUCCAUGACAAAGUUAUUUAAGCAAACUGUGCAUGGAUUCACAGGAGAAUUAA